CUUCUGGCUUGUGGUCAAACUUUAAAGCAUGGUAGCGUAGCCAACAUUUUACUGUACAUAUCAUUUCCAACCGCUACCAACUUCAGCUGAACUCAAUUUUUCGUCCCGAUGUCAUUAACACUGACUCAUUGCUUUCACUACGCGUAAGCAGGAAGCCAUGUACUAACUUCAAACAGGAGCGUUGACCUACUGUAACUUGAAAAUUCGGACAUUGUUCUCUCCAACUGCUACAAGCUGACUUUUGGCCUCCUUCUCCCUACCAAUAUAUGAAUCCAGUACCGACGUAACGUGUAGACGACUUGACUGCAACAUCGUGUCUGCAUAGGGGCCAUUCGCAUUCCAGCUUAUGCAACCGAGUAGGAGGACAGGAAAUGCUGACCCCCAGCCCUAAAACAGCAUCACUAUUGACCAGCAAGCCGUCUUAAACCUGUGGGCGUUGGCUGACGGGCAGUCCCUCACCAUCUUGUACAUCCUCGCCCGAGCCUCUAUAUCCAGCCAUGGGCGCGAGACAUUCCACCUAUCUAGUGGAUGCCGAUGAGCCGCAGCCUCAACAGCAGGACCAGAUUGCGAAUCAGGGGCAUCCCGCACCGACUUCGGGUGGUCCGGGUCGUCCCCCUCCCCUAGAUUUAGACGCACCGCCUGCGCCAACAGUUCCAGCGACAGCUGCGCCGCGGCGCCGCAUCCCCUUAUGCGGCGCGGUAGAUACGGUGGACGGCCCAACAGGCAACCCCGUGCAGCCGCUCUCUCCCUGGUCCCCGCUGUCCUCGCUUCGGAGUCCAGUGCCCUCGCCAGCUGCCGGGGCGGUGGUUGACGUCUGGAUCCUGGCCGGGCAAUCCAACACCGUGGGUGACAACUCAGCGGACGGCACCCCGCUGCCCGCCGCCGCGCAGCCGCUGCCCGGCCUGGUGCUCAUGUACGACAGCGCGGGCGCCUGGCGGGAUGCCGUACCCAGCGUGCACGCUGGCAUCCACGGCUACUCGCGACAGCCCAGUUGCGGCCCCGACAUGGCCUUCGCUCGCACGCUGGUUUCCCUGGGUCUCAGCGGCAGGGUGGGUCUGGUGCCGGCGGCCAAGAACGCCACCAGCCUCUUCCAGGACUGGCGGCCCAGCGGAGGGGGAAGCGGAGGCGGGGGGGACUUGUACGGCAGCAUGAUUGCUCGUACUAAAGCGGCGCUUGCGACACCGCUGCCCGGUGGAGGUGUCUGCAGGCUGCGGGGCAUGAUCUGGAUACAGGGUGAGUCGGAUGCGCAGGAGCGGGUUGGGCCGGGACCUUCAGAGGCGUACGGCAGCAAUCUAACCGCCUUCCUAACGGCCGUACGACGAGACCUCUCCAGCUACCAUGCGCAGCUGCCCAUACUCCUGGGUGUCAUGUCCGUACGCAAGCGCGAGAACUUUCCGUACAUCGCCGCCGUACGACAAGCCCAACUGGGCCUUACGCUGCCGGGAGUCGUACGGGUGGACAUGGCGGGGUUCGAGUUCUUCGAGCAGAACGGCGGCUACCACAUCCAUCUCACCAAGGACGGCGCAUGCGCGCUGGGUGCGGCUAUGGCGCAUGCGUACUACGCAUCGGUGGUGCGUGCAGGGCUGCCAAGGGGGCCGGGGGAGGCGACGACGCCGGCGGGAGCGGCGCCGCCGCUGCCGUUGCCGCCACCGCCGUAUGUGUCAACGACACGUGGGGCAUGCAGCGGUAGCGGUGAUGGUGGCAGUGGUGGCGGAAGUGCCGGUGGUGAUGGCAGUGGUGGCGGUGGCGGAGCUGCUGCGGCCGCGGCGAGUGCUGACGUAGCGGCGGGCCCCGCAGCUGGGGCUUCGGCAGGUGCAGUCUCGCCUGAUGCGGCUGCGGGAGAGACAGCAACAUGCGGCGUUGGCGGAGGGAGCGGUGGCGGUGAAGGCGGUCUGCCGGCGCCGUUGUUGGUGGCUGAGGGGGUUGGUUGUGGGGGUGACACGGCUGCGAUGGUAGCGGGCGACAAUGGAGGGCUGGGAGGAGGACGGGAUGGCGGCGGUGGGGGAGGAGGACAGGCGCUGGAGGGUGUGGGUCAGGAUGGCAGGCCUAGCGAGCUUUAGCGGGCUGAAAGACAUUGGCGGCAGGAGCUGAUAGGGGAGAGGUGACUGUUAGGAGAGACAUGCGGGCUUGGGGGAACGGACGGGUCGCGGCGCCUACAGGCAUGGGGACAGUGACAGGAACCAGGGAGCUCGCGUGAUCCAGGCAGCACGCUGUGUGGCCUUUAGGAUGUUGACCUAUCAACGGCAAGUACUGUGGGACGGUGUCACCAAAGGUGAUGCGUGCGAUAAAACUGACAUACAUACACGUGAGUUUCAUGGCAUGGCAGCUAAACUGACAGUCCUGGCAGGGCCUAGGCUGCGUUGGACUGCCAACACCCAGUAUAGUUGCAUUGUACGGCGUGCGUUGGUGUGUGUUCGUUGCACAGCUAGGAAUUGUAUAGCUCUUGGAAUAUUAUAGCUUGGAUUAAUGACUGUGAGUAUGUGGGAUCGCCCGCCGGGCCCCGAGGGUGUUGAUUGGUUCGGGCAUGACUAGUCUGGGCUAGGCAUCCAUCGUGUCACCCGCGUACCUACGCAUUUAGGGUGCGUAGGAGUACCAUCCACGUGCAAAAACGCUCACACAUGAGCCUCAGCUGAAGUAAGGUAAACCUAUACAUGCUCUUGUGUGGGUAGCGC